AUUUUAUUACAUGUAAACUUGCAGGAUACAGCGUAAGGUGUCAGUGGCUUUAACAAACCCAACAAGAUGUCUCGUCAAAGUAUGAGAGCCAACGAUCCCAAAAAAGUGAGUGGGGAGCUGUUCACACUAACUUAUGGAUCACUAGUUGCUCAGCUGCUUAAGGAUUAUGAAAAUGUGGAUGAUGUUAAUCGUCAACUUGAACGAAUGGGCUAUAAUAUUGGCAUGCGUUUAAUUGAAGACUUCCUUGCACGGGCCAACCCCGGUAGAUGUUAUGACCUCAGAGAUACAGCAGACAAAAUUCAGCAAGCUUUCAAGUUGUAUCUAGGAGUGUCACCCAGCAUAGGAAGCUGGAGUCCUGGUGGAGAUGAAUUUUCAGUGGUACUUGAGACCAACCCAAUGGCUGAGUUUGUUGAAUUGCCUGAUCACUGUCUUGGUCUUCGUUACUCCAACAUCCUAGCUGGAGUCAUUCGUGGAGCAUGUGAAAUGGUACAGUUGGAAGUUAUGGCUUGGUUCAUCGCAGAUCAGUUGAAGGGUGACAAUGUUACAGAAAUUAGAGUCAAAUUUGUGAAGAGAUUAGAAGAUGCCAUACCUGCUGGUGAGGAUUAAUUUAAUCAGAGACGUCCUGUAGUGGCAUAAAGUACUGUAUAACAUUUUAAAGUGGCGCCUUCACAUUGGUAUGUUAGGUUUGGAUUACUUUUUUGGUAGUUUCUACAAUGAUGAUUAUAUUAUGCAUUAUAAAAAAGAAGCCAUUGUGGUGAAUGCUAAUUUUGUUUGUAUUAUGAUUAAAACAUGCUAUAUUUUUUUAUAGAAGCUCAAAAAUAAUGAUGUUUAUUCAGUACAUAUAAAAAAAAAGUUUGAAGUUUAUUUAGUUUAAAAUAAUAGUUAGCUUACAACUUGAAUUCAGUUGUUUGGGGAAUAUGCCCUGUAUGUUUCCCAAUUUUAGUUUGUAAAUACCUGAUAUAUUGUAAUCUUGCUUUCAAAUGAAUACCUACAAUAGUGAUAUUAAUACAGCCUCUCUACACUUAACGAUGGAGUUCCAUUCCUAAGACCACGUCGGUGAACAAAUUUGUCACUAAGUGAGGAGCAUACUAUAAUGGUAGUGGGUUUGUGUUAACCAUCUUUGAUUUUGUUUUAAUGUCACCCUUGCACCUUUUGUAACAUUUCUGGCAUAUAUUUGGAUGUUUAUACACUAGUGUACUGUAUAUUGUAUUAAACAGAAUAAAGGAAAUCAGCUCUAAUAUGCAUUAUUUAGGUAUGCAUACUGGUCAGAUAGCCCGUAAUAAGUCCGAGUCAUCGGUAAACAAGUACGUCACUAAGGAGAGGCUGUAUUAUUUUUACCACUCCAGCCAUCUCACUUAGGUAGGGUGAUAACCCCCCCCCCAACAAAAAAAAGGGGGGGGAAUACUUUAACCUGUCACUCAUUCAGUCGCUGUCUUGCCUGAAGCAUGCUGACAUCAUAACCCAGAUAGCGCUCCAAACUGCAAAAUCCCCACCCCUCCUCUAGAGUGCAGGCUUCCUUCCUCCAAGACUUUAAGUCCAGCUAACUACUUUUCCAUGAAUCCCUUCAUAAAUGUUACCCUUCUCACAGCACAUCAAAUCAUAAAAUUCACUUGCCUUCACUCCUGUCUAAUGCUGUCACACAAGCCUGUUGCAUGGCCAUGACCCUAAGCACUCUGAACCUUUUUUCCCCUGCCCCCUACCCCAGAUUUAUAUACCGUCCGAGUCAUCGUAUUUUGCUCUAUCCUCUCUAAUCUCCAAGAUGUAUAAUUUUCAAGAUAUAUAAUAUCUUGGAAAUUAGAAGGUGUAUUAUAUAGUUAUUUCUGUAUAAUUAUUUCUUAAGUGAAGUUCAGAUGACACACUAGAAACACAACCAACACACACUCGCCUGAGCUUAUAUCUCUAGGCACUUUUCCACUUUUGUUUGCCUCCCUCUGCUUUUGUUUCACUCUGGCCAUAGCAGUGAGAGACAGAGGCAGAACUGGAAUAGUUUAAUCCACAUGUUCCUCUAUUUUCCCUGUGCCUUUCUGCAAAAUGCUGUCUAAAUAAAGUGUCCAGAUUGCUUACAGAAUGUGUGUGCUAAACAAAUGUUAUUUUAUACCUCUUUUGUCCAGAUUCAGCAGUCUCUAAAAAAUUCAAAUUCAAAAUAAUCCCUACAGCUUACUUUUCCUUCCUACAGCUAAGCUAAGACUUCUCCUAGAUUUCCAUAAAGUAUUCCAUUAGUAGCCAUCCGCAACAUGUUCUGCAGAGGCUUCACAUUCCUCAGAUAGAGUUAACAGGUAUAACAAUGCACUGUGGUCUCAAAAAACUAACCAUUAAGUUGCAUCAAGUUCUGCUGUCUUAUUAUAUGCAGACUCGGGAUUUAUUAAGAUUCAUUUAUAUAGAUGACAUCUUGGUAUUGAAUGUCAAUAUAAGUUUGAGUUUGAAUUUUUAUUUACAUUUAUGGAUAUUGGCAGAUUGGAGAGAUAUACACCUACCAUCCGACUUACGACCUGCUCGACAUACGACCAUUCGACUUACGACCGUGUUUUCUAUGCCAAAUUUCUGGGAAAUAACUGUUUGUGUUGUACACAGUGUUUAUCCUAAACCUUACAGUAUAAAAUACAGUACAUGUACUAACAGCAUAAAAAGUAAAGUAAAACAUGAAAUACCAAAAUAAAACAAUAAAAUAGUCAUUACAAAAAUGUUAUGUCGAUAUUCAGUAGUAAGGUUCGACUUACAUCCAUUUCGACUUAGGACCGGUUUGUCGGAACCGAACUCGGUCGUAAGUCGGAUGGUACCUGUAUUGUGUAUUUUUAUACGUAUAUACUUCUAAACUGUUGUAUUCUGGGCACCUCUGCAAAAACAGUGAUUAUGUGUGAGUGAGGUGAAAGUGUUGAAUGAUGAUGAAAGUAUUUUCUUUCUCUUUGGGUCACCCUGCCUCGGUGGGAGACGGCCGACUUGUUGAAAAAAAAAAAAAUUACGGAUGUUGGAACAGUUGUCAGGGUUACUCAUACAUCAGGUUUCCUUAUAGUUUAUGGUUCAGCCCAGCCAAGGUAUUUAUUUGGUUAGGAGGAUAGCUAGAUCUUGUUGGCCUUUGAUGUUUGACUAAACAGAGAAAUUAGUCUAAGUAUUUAAAUACAGGUCUCCAAUUCUAUUCUUUGGUAGCAAAAGCAAUGAAUUGGUCUUAUUCAACACUCAUUAGGCGAGAACUCUUCAAGUAAAAUGCCUUAAAUGCUGAGGAAAACCUUUUGUUCCAAGAAAUAGGAACUACUCUCCCCUUCCUUGGAAUAACCUUGCUUGCCUCAUAUUUAUAAGGUGCUGUACAACCUUUAUGGGCUGUGCAUCACAUGAUAUAUGGAGUCAUACAGCACUUGGGGAAAUGGGAGAUAAUCAGAUUUUAUCCAAAGAAAAGAAGAAUAGAUUCAAUUCCUUGGGUCAAUUCCUUAGGUCUAGUUCCUUGAGGGGAUAGACAUAAUUAGUUUCUUCUCCUACAAUCAAUCUGUAGGGCCCUGGAUUGGAGGUUAAUCACUGAAAUCCUUUGUCAGAUAAAUCAAGCUUUAUUUCUUUAAACCAUGCAUGGAAAGGAUAACAGUUUGCUUGUGUAUAGACUUGAUAGUUCUGAAAAUUCAAUUUUAGUACAUCAUAUUCUAAAAGUUCAUUGGUUUGCAACACAUUUUGGGUAAAUUAAAGUUAUUGUAAACUACUUAAUACUAGUAGUAACGUGCAACAUGUAAAUUUUCUGUAUAUUACUUAGUGGUUUAGAUUUUAGUGGGUGGUAUAAAUUACAAUGGGUGUAGAAAAUGAAUGAGUUAGCAGUUAAGAUAUAAUUGUCAUGAUAAUUACUGUUUAGUCAUUGAUCAUCACAGGAAUAAAUAUAUCAAAUUCAAGAGA